AUGAUAUGCGACGCUCGUACAUGCGGCGAUUGCCGAUAUCUGGAGCGGGACGAGCAGGACGAUCACACGGCGAAUCUCGCAGAGUUCCUGGCGAACUGUCAACACGCGAAAUGCAAGGUGGUUCGUCUGGUCCGUCAGCAAAUAAGUAAACUGCAGAAUAUGCAGGACGAACGUUUACUGACUGCGAGCGACGAGGCGCGCGAGAAGGUGCAUAAUGAAAUGCCCACUGAAAUGCAUGAAGCGCUCAACAAUGAAGUCCACGAAGUGUACAGUGAAGUACACGAGCCACACGAUGAUCUGUACGAGGUGGAGAGCAAAGUAGAGCAGGCGUUCAACGAAUCGCACGGCAAUGUGUACGAAGCGCAGAAAGCUGCUGCAGUUGCAAAACGAAUUGUCGGAGGGACGAGCGCAAACGCAGCGACCGCAUCCUUGCGUCGCACGGCGUCUCCUGGGAGAGCGGUGGACCGCAAGUGGAUGCUGUGGAUCCUGGAUCGCGUUCGUCAUCGAGCGCAUCUGAUACUGGCGGCCGCUGCGGUCGGCGUGAUAGUCUGGACCGCUUUGGUGUACGGUGUCUUCCUGGGCGCGACGGCCUGCGGAAGCGGACGCACCUGUUUCCGAUCGUCUCUUAAAUAUACGCACGCUAAACGCACAUUGUUUUGA